AAGGGGGACAGAAGCAUUAAUCAACCCAUUACUAGCUGCACCAACCUCGGGGCAUAAACUAAUUAAAAUGAACACUGCAGUGCACAUUUUGACAUAACCGUGAGACGGCGGUGCUCAGAUUAUGGCCUGUUUGGUGCCUGCCGUGUGAUUUCCCCCUCAACUCUUCCGUAUUUUCCUGCUGCUGUGGGGCUGUGACGUGUCGUGCUGACGGCGGCCUCGGAGCUGGAGGAGCAGGGGGCUGUAGCAUGACAACACCUGGCUCCACACGUCCUGCUUGGCUUUCAGCGGAGCUCCACAAACAACCCCUAACCCCUCCUUCUCUGCUCCUCUCCGGCCCGCCCAAAUAACACAGAAUCCCCGACUGGAUCCAGCCCGAGUGUGGGGGAGCCAGGCGGCCUGGGAGCCGAGCAGCGGACGGAGGCCAUCCUGCAGCAUACUUCUGCUGUCCAGUAACAAAUGCAGCGCGAGGACAAUGGAUGAGGAUGUCACCAGGCUUGCAAUACAUUCUGAAGAGCCUAAAAUAAUCUUACACGGAUCGGAUGAGGGUGGUGCCGGUGGGCAGGAGUUUGUUGUGGAGCUUCAAGAGACUGUGUUGGUGUCCGAAGGCGAGGGGGAAGGCAUGGCAGUUCACAGGUUUGCCCCCGACGAGCUAGUCAUCCAGGAUGCUGUUGAGGAUGUUGUUUCUGAGUAUGUGCACUGCGAUGAGGACGAAGAUGUCGCAGUGGAAACUUGCGUGAUGGCUCUUGAGGGCGAGGAGGAGGGUGUUGCUAUGGGAGACAUCCCUGAAGAUGGGCUGGACCCAGAGCAGCAGGAGGACGAUCAAGAUGGCUGUGGAGAUUAUCUGAUGAUAUCAUUGGACGAAGCUGGCAAAAUGGUGUCAGAAGAUGGAACAGAGGUAACGGUGGAGGGAGCUGUGGAGGACCAGGAAGUGGAGAAGGAUGAGGAUGGACAGGAAGUGAUAAAGGUGUACAUCUUCAAGGCUGACUCUGGAGAGGAUGAUAUGGGAGAAUCUGUUGACAUCAGCGAUGGAGACACGGAGAGUGUGGCGUUAACCGAGUCUUCAGGCCAAACGCUCAGAGAGAAGAUGGUUUACAUGUCAGUCGGAGAUUCUCAUCACAAUCAAGGAAACCACGGUGCUGACGAUAGUGAGAGUUGUGAGAACAGAAACGGUGCAGCCAGCGCACUGCUGCACAUCGACGAAUCUGACGGGGUCGAUGAAAUCAAUAGGCAACGAAAUAAGAGCAAGAGAAGAUCGGAGCCUCGUCAGGUGCAGACGGCCAUCAUCAUCGGUCCGUAUGGUCAGCCUCUGACAGUUUACCCCUGCAUGCUUUGUGGUAAAAAGUUCAAGUCACGGGGCUUCCUGAAACGCCACACUAAGAAUCACCACCAGGAUGUUCUGACCAGGAAAAAGUACCAAUGUACAGACUGUGACUUCACCACCAACAAGAAAGCCAGCCUCCACAACCAUAUGGAGGUGCACGCUCUGAGCAGCAAGGCCCCUUUCGAGUGUGAAAUGUGUGGCAAGGAGUUCCACCAGCAGGCGGCGCUGUUCUCUCACAGACUGCAGCACCACCACCGAGAGCCCAAGAGCCAGCCGCCUCCGACACCCACCAAGAUGCAUAAAUGCAAGUUCUGUGACUAUGAAACAGCUGAGCAAGGACUGCUCAAUCGGCACUUGUUGGCGGUUCACAGUAAAAGCUUCCCCCACAUCUGUGUGGAAUGUGGAAAAGGCUUUCGACACCCUUCAGAAUUGAAGAAACACAUGCGCACACACACGGGCGAGAAGCCUUACUCCUGCCUGUACUGCGACUACAAGUCGGCCGAUUCCUCCAAUCUCAAGACGCACAUCAAGACUAAGCAUAGCAAAGAGAUGCCGUACAAAUGUGAGCGCUGUUUCCAAACCUUUGCAGAGGAGGAGGAGUUAAUGCAGCACGGACUAACACAUGAGGAAAAUAAAACCCACCAUUGUGCCCACUGUGAUCACAAAAGUUCCAACUCCAGUGACCUGAAACGCCAUAUCAUAUCUGUUCACACCAAGGACUACCCACACAAAUGUGCCAUCUGUGGUAAAGGCUUCCACCGGCCGUCUGAACUGAAGAAGCACUCAGUAUCCCACCGCACCAAGAAACUCCAUCAGUGCCGACACUGCAACUUCAAAAUUGCAGACCCUUUUGUUCUCAGUCGCCAUAUUUUGUCUGUCCACACAAAGGAGCAACAGGCCUCUCCUGAAAAGAGUGAGUCUAAGAGGACAGAGACGCACACUCCUGUUGCGACACCUAAAAAGUCUGCACCUAGCGGGUCCAGCAGCUCUGGUCCGCCUGGCAGAGUCAGCGCCGCCAGCUUAGCCAGCAGUGUGACUGUAGUUAUUGGCAAAGGACAAAAAGAAAGGCGAAUUUACCAGUGCCAGUACUGUGACUACAGCACCGGGGACGCUUCGGGUUUCAAGCGACACGUGAUUUCCAUUCACACAAAAGACUAUCCGCACCGCUGCGAGAUCUGUUCGAAAGGCUUCCGGCGACCCUCGGAGAAGAACCAGCAUAUCAUGCGCCACCACAAGGAUGUGGUGCAGGCAGAGUGACUCUGACCGAGCCAAAUACUGUGCCGCAACAAAGAACAAUGUUGAAGCAACCAUCACACCCUAAUCUCUGCACCCUCAGCACGACACCAGCCACACUGAAAUAACAUGGUGUGUGUGCUGCACUUAGUCUGUUCUGUUGUUUUGCUCUUUUUUUAACCUCAGCCUAAUGUUUGUUCAGAAAUGUAUACACAUGUACAUAACAUUAAUGCUCUGUCCGAGUUAGCAACAGAAGAACCCCUCCGUAGACUUGCACUUUUAACUGCAUGUCCCUUUGCUGGUAACAGUGUGCAUGGCAGAUUGUGCAGAUGUCUCUUUGUAGAUAUACAUGUUUAAGUUUGCAGGCAGCAAUCAGUUGUCAAUCACAAUGGUCCUAAUUAUUUGUCUCAAAACUGAGGUGUAAUUUGCAAAAACGUUUGCGUCAUUUUGUUAAAGUGUACUAAAAACAGCAGUAUGGAUGAGCAACCUGUUUCCAGUAGCACUUGCCAUCUUGGUAAAGAUCAUGAUGAAUGCAGUAAUCAAGUCUGGUUGUGUAUGAGCGAGAAAGUGUGUGAGAGAGAAUGUGAGUGAGUGGAAGAGUGAAUGACAAACAAAGCAUUUGUUGUGCUUCCCGGUGCUCCAACCCCACCACUCUGUAACAUAGUGCUUUUCGUUGUGUUGUUAAAAACACAAGGCCGCCUGUGUACAGCACUCAGAGAAAAGAAACAAUCAUGCUUAGCUUUGUACACAGAGUCUACGAUCAUUGAAUUAACACAAAAUACACAGUGAAAUAGUGGAUGUGUCAUGGUAGUGAAAAAAAGUUCACAUAUGCACCAAUAUCACGAUGCGAUCAUUAGCCCAUCACUUGAUUAUCAUACCAAUAAUAUUUGUUUUUCGAGUCAGUUUGUGUACUGUAAGAUGUUUGGAACACCCAAAGCAGUAGCGAUGAAGUCCUGACUGACAGUAUUUUUAAUCCAUUAAUGCUACCUGGGUAUAGAAAUCCCAUUAAUUUGAAAUUUGUGAUGAUUUUUGAUUAUUACUGAUCACAAGCUGUACGAGCAGAUGGUUUCUUUUUCUAUGAACAAACCUGUUUCUCAUGAGUUGACAUGAUAUCUGUUAAAUCACAGAAUUAAAGCAUAAUUGACAAGUGUCUGAUUUUAGGCUGGGUCAAAAAAAUAACAUCCCAAUAUAACUGUCUGGCCUAAAUGGGAAUCAUACAGUGUAACUGGUGCUGCUGUUCUGAAACUAUGGACUGAACAUUUUGUUUUUGCCCUCACAGAUGUACUUUUGCCAGUAGAAAGGGAAAAUGUAUAUCUUUUUAGAUGCAACUUCAGAAGACAGGUGCUGGUGGUGUACUUGUACUAUGGCUUUUUACAUUUUUUGUUUUGUUAUCACAUGUGAUUAUUCCUGUUUUUAUAUUUAUUUCAUUUACAAGUUGUUGUAUAGUUAAGUGUAACUAGACUUCUAUGGGACGUAAAUUAUUGUUUUGUAUACAAAUCUGUACAAAGCGUGUAGAUGUAAACACUUGAUAAAAAGGAAAUCUGAGCUGUGUUGUUAUGGAUGUACUUCAACGUAUUUGUUAAAAAAAGGUAAUAAAAGCAAAGUAUUUUAA